UCCCACUAUAUGUCCUUAUCACAAAUCAGAGAUUGCGGUCUAAUUUGUGGCUCAAUAUGGAAAUGAUAGUACUAAUACACAAUGACUAAUUCACUAUAUAAACAGACCAUGUUAACACAACCAGCAUUCACAACUUACAAAACUACACUUUCAUUAUUUAGAGAAGAAAAAAAGAAAAAGGAAAUUAAAGAAAGUUGUAUCAUCUAGCUAGAUAGAAAAGAAAUGGAGGGCAAAAGAAUGACAAUGUUGAUUGUUAUAACAUUAGUCAUGAUCAUAGGGAACCUUAUGACUAAAACAGAGGCUAUCCCAUUUAAUCGACGAUGUUAUCCAGUUUGUCUUAGAGAAUGUAAAUAUGAGGAAAGGUUUCUAGAGUUUUUAAAGUGUCCAUUUAAGUGUAUGAAAACCUGUCUUCAACCACCAUCUCUUUCUUCCAAAAUAAUUCAUGAUUCUGAAUAUUUCUGCAAACUCGGUUGUGCAUCGCAUUGUGUUCCUCGUUCUUCCCUCCAAAAUCCAAAUGUGAAAAGAGUAUCAGCUUGUGUGGAAUCAUGCUCAAACAAGUGUACCAAGAAAUGUGAGAAGUGAUAUUAUUCUACGAUCAUUCAUGUUUU